GAAAACGGAAAAACCAUUUUCUGAUAGGGAAAACUCGACGCACGAGUACGUAAGGGCGACGUACGAGAAACGACGUAAAGUACAGCCGAGUGGAGUCCGGGAGGAGGCACAGGACACGCACGCUCGCUCGCUCCAGAGGAGGGACUACCAAAUGCUCAUUGGAAUUUAUGAUUAUGCUGCAAAAUUAUUAAACAAUAUGACCGCAACAGGAGCCACAGGAGGAGGAGCAGCCACCGACAUUAACAAGGAGUCCGCAGGGAGUGCGCUGCUGGAGCAGGACCAGCAGCACGACCAGGAUCUGGAGCAUGAGAAUGAGCAGCAUGAGCAGCAUGAGCAGCACCAACAGCAGCAGCAGGAGCCCAGCAAAACUCCUACUCCUGGCGGUAAUCUAACGACCAAGCUGCUGCAGGCCACUAGCCGCGCCCUCGCCCAACACGUGCCCGCCCUGCCCAUGUCCCUCUCCCUGCCGCCCCUGCCCGCCCUAUUGCUCCAGGCCCUAGACGCCGCGGACGUGGCGCAUGGCCAGCGCAUCGAUCAUCUGACCCGUGGCCCAACCACGACCAUGACAACGAUGACAACAACCACGACGGAAGGUCUGCCGCCGAGCUUGCUCGACGCGCUGCCGACAACAACAUCGUCGCUUUUGGGCAAUGCCACCGCCACCACCGUCGCCGUCGGCGGCAGUCCCCUCUCGGAGAACAGCACGGACGUGGUCUACAGCGCCUUUGGGGCCAUGCCUGCGGGCAAUCUUAGCGGUUUCAUCGAGUCCUCGACCACGGCAGCCAGCUCCGUGCUAAGCAGCGCCGUCACCACGCUCCCAACGCUGCCCGCCACCAGCAGCAUGGCGGCCACCUUUCAGGCCCAGACAGUGGCCACCUUUAUAGCGGCCACCGGAGGCAAGAAUCGUCCAACGACCAUCGUUGUCUACCCAACGGUUUCACCCGAAUCGAUCGUUAUCCCGAUCGUGUCCUGCAUCUUCGGCUUUCCCAUCCUGGCACUCAUCGUAAUCUGCUGCCUACGCCGGCGGGCCAAGCUGGCCCGGGAGCGGGACAGGAGGCGGAACUAUGACAUGCAGGACCAUGCCGUCAGCCUGGUCAGAUUUAGUCCAAUACAUAGGCUUAAUUACCGAUCGUCGCGAGCUAUCAGUCUACGUCCUGAACGAAGCCUAAGCCAGGGCUUCACUUCGCUGGAGCUGGACACCGUGCUGGAGGAGCGCUGCAGCGAUGUAGAGCAGACGCAGACCGAGAUCCUUAAUCCUGAAUCGCCCAUGGACACCGCCUCCUACAAGAUGUCCUUCUCCUCGAGCUAACAGUUAGCCAAGCAGCAGCAGCAACAGCAGCUGGAACAGGCAGCUCCUUCCCUGCUUGCUCAGUCGGUGCCCCAAGUGAAGGAGCAAGAGCUACAGGAGCAUGAGCAGGAGCAGAUGAAGGUGAGGGUGAAGGUACCGCCGCUAAGCAAGUCCCCGCAGCUGUUGCAGCCACCGCAGCUGCGAAAAACGGCCAGCGUGAGAGACGAUCCCUCAGCUCUGGCCAAGAGGAGGAGUCGCCUCCACGAGCUAAGGGCCGCCAGCAGCAGCAGCAGCGGUGGAGGAGGAGGAAACGAGGCAGCUGCCGCUUUUACGAAGCGCGAAUCCAAACGGGAUCGGCGAAGAGCUCUCGAUCGAGGAGCGAGCAGCAGCAGCGGCAGCGGCGGCACCGGCGAAUCUCCGGCCAUGCGCAAGUCACAUUCGCUGGACGCCGCUGAGAGCUACUCGCUGGCCAGUAUCCAGGCGCCGCUCUGGGUGACCCUUACCAAUGCCCGGACCAUAGAGGAGCUGGCCCAGCAAAAGCUGUGAGGAGCUGCCUCUGCCUCUGCCUGCAUGGCACCUGCCCACCAGAAGCGUUUGUUAACUACUCAUCUCGCCCCCAGGAGCGGAGUCCAUGCUCCAUCCCCAUAGAGAACCUGUAAAUGUUUAGAUGGAAUUCGAAUUAGCAGCAUUACUAACAUAAAACAACGUCUUUGCCGUCAAUUCCUGCACCAAUCAUCACCGAAGUUCCAGUUUUGCGACAUGGCCAGCUGAACUCGGUUUGGACUUGUUGCAGGAACCGGAAGUCGUACUGGAGUGGCAUCAUUACCUAAUGCUAAAUCAAUUUAAUGCAAUUAAAGACCAAAAGUAA